GUUUUGACAAUGACAUGCUCAACUCAACUGACAAAUAUGAUUAAGCAAAUGAAUUAGUCUACUCUAGAGACGAAUAAUAGUAAAGAAGUGGAUGCCUUGGGCAGGCCAGGGGUGUGUUUAGUGCAGCCCAGCCCAACAUUCAAGUCAAAGGGGAGGAACCGAACACCCUCAACUCACUCACAUUAUUAUUAUCUAUGAUUAUUAUCAGUGAACAAUCACUGAAAUAAACACCCAGGAGAACAAACAGGGAAUAAAAGUUUUAACGAGCAGAAAAUGUCGUUCAUACCCGGUCAGCCUGUCACAGCUGUUGUGCAACGAAUUGAAAUCCAAAAACUACGGGAAGGCGAUAAUUUAAUACUAGGAUUCAGCAUUGGAGGGGGAAUCGACCAAGAUGCAAGCCAGAAUCCAUUUUCUGAAGACAAGGCAGACAAGGGAAUCUAUGUCACACGUGUGUCUAAAGGUGGACCUGCAGAAGUGGCUGGUCUAAGGAUAGGAGACAAAAUUAUGCAGGUGAAUGGCUGGGACAUGACCAUGGUGACACAUGAUCAGGCACGAAAAAGACUCACCAAGAAGAAAGAAGAUGUGGUCAGGCUUCUCAUCACUAGAAAAUCCCUGGAGGAAACAGUCAGGCAUUCCAUGAUGCAACACUAAUGCACAACACACUCAUUGAGCUAAUUGAAUGUCCUAAUUGGUAAAUCUCAUGUUCAGAGCAUAUUUUAACUAAUAAGAAACAAACAGCUUCCCUCAGCCAAAGAGCGUUGACAAGAAAGCCUUACUUGAUCAGUCACCUCUGUUAAAGAUCAUUUGAUGUAUUGAACUGUAACUGAACUGAACCAGCGUAUGUAUGACUGAUCACUCUCAAAGUACAAUGUAAAGAUUGUGGUUUGUGUUUCAGAAUUUGCUACACUAAUUUCCAUUUAUCUACACUUUAUGCUAAAUACUACUCUAUAUGUACUGCAUAUACUCCUGAAUGUAUCAUGGUGCCUGUAAACUCCAUAUCAUUUCAUUCAUAAUCUCAAGGGCUACAGUGAAUUGUUCACCUCAUUUCUCUUUGCUUCAUCAACAAAUACAGCUACAUAUACAAUAAGUAUUAACAGCCAGAAUACAGCGGUACUUUAAUGACCACUAAUUUUUCUAACUUGUGAGAUCUGUUUUUACAUUUUUUGUAAGUCUUUAUCUUAUAACUCUGUUUUUGUAUUUAAUUAAAACCCUUUUAGUGUAAUAUCAUCUGAUCAGGAUUUGGCACAACAAAACACUAUGGUUUUGUAUUCAACAACACUUGUUUUGAAAAUGUUUUUGAUACAGAUUUUUUUUUUUGUGGCAUUUUGAUUGUAUGAAGAUAUAUUUUCACUUAAGCGAAUAAAGGAAUCUCCUUGCA